UCACGUGCUCCGGUUGAAAACAUAACUCUUGGAAGUGGUUAUCGCAAGUGAGUGGUUGUCUAAAAGUUUUCUCUUCAAUUUUCGUUCUUAUAUCGUUAUCUUUUGACUACAGUAGCCUAGUUUUAAUUUCUUCUAAUUUGUUGUUGUUGAAGUUCUAUUUAUUUCAGUAGUCCUUCAUUUCUUACCAUCGCUACCUCUAUUAAUAUUCAGACCACAAAAAAAAAAGUUUGAAAAUUAAUCGAUCUUGCUAACUAUGGAAAAUAUAGAUACUUCUGACAAAAAAAAGGCGCACAGGGAUAGACGUUCAGGAAGAAAAGCUGAAAAAAAGAAAGCUAAAGACAAAAAUGUAAUCGUACAAACAUUAACAGAUAAGCAACGUAAUCCAAAAGCAUUUGGAUUCAAUUCAGCUGUUAAAGCCGAGAGACAAUUUAGGCGCAAACAAGAUGUAGAUACUAAAAAACAACAUAUUCCCUUAGUAGACAGGACCCCUAUUGAACCUCCACCUAUAAUGAUAACUGUUGUUGGUCCUCCUAAGGUUGGCAAAACUACAUUGAUCAAAAAUCUCAUCAAACUAUGGACAAAAGCUCCUAUGACGAGUAUUCAGGGUCCUGUAUCAAUUGUAAUAGGUAAAAAAAGACGAAUUACCCUUAUGGAAUGCAACAAUGAUAUAAAUUGUAUGAUUGAUUUGGCUAAAGUAACUGAUUUAGUGUUAUUAUUAUGUGAUGCAAAUUUUGGAUUUGAAAUGGAGGUAUUUGAAUUUUUGAAUAUAUGUCAGGUUCAUGGAAUGCCAAGAAUAAUGGGUGUUCUGAAUCAUUUAGACAUGAUUAAGAAUAGUAAGAAGUUAAAGACUACCAAAAAAACUAUCAAACAUAGAUUUUGGACCGAAGUUUAUCCAGGUGCAAAAUUAUUCUACCUAUCAGGAAUAAUUCGUGAAGAUUAUCUAAAAAAUGAAAUAAAAAACUUAGGUCGUUUUAUAUCUGUUAUGAAAUUCCGACCCUUAACUUGGAGGAGUACACAUAGCUACUUAUUGGUGGAUAGAUUGGAAGACUUGACAAAUGAGGAAAAUGUCAGAAAUGACCCAAAAUGUGAUAGAAAUAUAUCUUUAUAUGGAUACAUUCGGGGAGUUCCCUUAAAAAAAGGAUCAUCUGUGCAUAUAGCUGGUUUAGGUGAUAUGAGGAUACAUGACUUGUCUUUCCUACCGGACCCUUGUCCCCUUCCAGAAGAACUCAAAAAAAGAGCUCUCAUUGAUAAAGAAAAAAUGGUCUAUGCUCCUUUUUCUGGUAUGGGUGGAAUAGUUUAUGAUAAAGAUGCAGUAUAUGUAGAACUAGGUGGUUCUCAUAGCCAUAAAGAAAGACACAAUGACGAUGAAGUUGAUAAUAUUGUUACAAACCUUAUUGAUGCAAAGCAAACAUUGGAUACAAAAAUGCAGCAUUCAGAAUUGCAAUUAUUCACUUCCAGCAAAAAGAUAAGGGCAGAGGAAAUGGAUGAAGGUGUGUCUGAAGAGGAAGAAGAUGAAACAGAAAUAAAUAUGGGGAAUGACUCGGAUUCGAAUCUGGACUCUUCAGAUGAAUCAGAUGCAGAUGAAUCAGAUGCAGAUAAAUCUUCAGAUGAAUCAGAUGCAGAUAAAUCUUCAGAUGAAUCGGAUGCAGAUAAAUCUUCAGAUGAAUCAGAUGCAGAUGAAUCUUCAGAUGAAUCUUCAGAUGAAUCAGAUGCAGAUAAAUCUUCAGAUGAAUCAGAUGCAGGAGUAAAAUGGAAAGAAAAUCUUGCUAAAAAGGCACAAGAGGCCUUCUUAGAGAGACAAAGUACAUCCAAAAAUUGGAUGAAAUUAGUUUAUGGUGUAUUUGAGCUAAAGAUUGAGAAAAUUCAAGAAGAUUCAACAAAUAUGAAAAAAAAUGAUGAGCUGGGAAGUCUGCUGAAAGCAGUAUCAAGAAGCCAGCAACAAGCUAUUAUAGAUAAAGAAUCCUUGAAUGCAGUUGAAUCAUCUUUGGUAGAACCAUGGAAUAGAACUGGGGAAGACUGGACUACUAAUGAAAAUAAAAUGUCCAUUAAAAAUUGUUUCGUUACCGGUGAAUGGAAAGACAGUGAAGAUGCUAAUGAAUUAUUGAAAUUAGAUGCUGCUUCAGAUAUGAGUGAUGUAGAGUCAGAAGUUACAGAUUUUGAAGACCUUGAAAGUGGAGAAAAGUAUACUUCUCAGCCUAAAGCUGAGAAACGGAAAAGGGAUGAAUCUGUAACUGAUGAUAAGGAAUAUAGAUUGAAAUUGGCAGAAAAAAAGAGGAAACUAAAAGAAAGAUUUGAUGAAGCAUAUGAUACAGGGGAAAAAAACUCGUAUUAUGAUGAGCUCAAAUGUACAGCAGAGAAACAAGCGCAGUUGAAUAAGACUUGUUUUGAAAAUAUGCCAGACGACAUACGAACUCAGAUUGAAGGUUUUCGACCUGGAAUGUAUGUAAGAAUGGAAUUUCAAAAUAUUCCUUCAGAGUUCAUCACUAACUUUGACCCAACGUAUCCUGUAAUUGUUGGUUCCCUAAACAUAAGUGAGGACAAAAUUGGAUAUGUGAAUGUAAAAAUAAAGAAACAUAGAUGGUACAGCAAAAUUUUGAAAACUGCUGAUCCUUUAAUACUGUCUCUAGGGUGGAGACGUUUCCAAACUGUACCAUUGUUUUCAAAAAUGGAAGAUGAUUUGAAAUUUCGGUACUUGAAGUAUACUCCAGAGCACUUAAGUUGCAAUGCACACUUUUGGGGACCAAUGACUCCACAAAGAACUGGUUUUCUAGCAUUACAAAGUGUGGAAUCGAAUCCAGAGAUUUUGAAGAAUCAAGGAUUCAGAAUAGCCGCCACUGGGGUCGUACAGGAAUUGGACAAAUCCACAGCAAUAAUGAAGAAACUCAAACUAAUAGGUUAUCCUAUGAAAAUUCACAAAAAGACUGCUUUUAUAAAAGAUAUGUUCAAUAGUUCUUUGGAAGUUGCAAAAUUUGAAGGGGCUAAAAUAAAAACUGUUUCUGGCAUAAGAGGUCAAAUAAAAAAACCUGUCAGUAAACCUGAAGGAGUUUUUAGAGCAACUUUUGAAGAUCAAAUAAAAAUGAGUGAUAUUGUGUUCUGCAGGACUUGGUAUAAAGUCGAUGUUCCUCAAUUUUAUAAUCCAAUAACAAAUCUUUUGCUACCAAUUGAACAGAAGAACACAUGGAAAGGUGCAAGAACCACGGGCGAAAUAAAACAAGAACGAAGUAUUAAAUCACAAAUUAACCCAGAUCACUUAUAUGAGCCAAUUGUCAGGGAAGAAAAACCAUUUGCACCCCUUGUUAUUCCUAGGAAACUCCAAGCUUCACUACCUUAUAGGGAUAAACCAAAACAUGGCAUUAAAAUGUCUGAAAAGAAGAAGGGUACUUCUAGAGUUGCUGUUGUUUUGGAACCUCACGAACAGAAGGUCGGGAAUAUGAUGAAGAUGAUCAAGAGUGUCUACAAUCAUAAGCAGGAGAAAGCUAAACAACAGACAAAAGAAAGGCUUGAAAAACAUAGGCAAUACAUUGAAGCACAAGAGGAAGCGAAAAAUAAAAGUGUGAGAAAGUUUAAAAAGGAAAUUAUGAGAAAAAGAAGUAAAAAAGAAAUGAGCAAAGAAAAAUAGUUGCUGUUGUUUUGGAACCUCACGAACAGAAGGUCGGGAAUAUGAUGAAGAUGAUCAAGGUUGCGUUCACAAACUUACUCAGAGCAAGCUCUGACUACCCGAAGCGUUCACAAACGUACUUUUAGUACAUACCUCAGAGUAUGCUCUCUGAGCAUGACUAUACUCAUACUCUACUCUCGGAGUAAGUUUAUGAACACACCCCAAGAGUGUCUACAAUCAUAAGCAGGAGAAAUCCAAACAACAGACAAAAGAAAGGCUUGAAAAACAUAGGCAAUACAUUGAUGCACAAGAGCAACCGAAAAAUAAAUGUGUGAGAAAGAUUAAAAAGGAAA